UAAUUCCAAAAGAUCGAAACGAUCGUUGGCGGGUCUAUCGUUGUCAUUGACUCUUUCUCUUUCUUUGUCGUCUACUUCGAAUAAAAAAAUAACCGUCCGGCCCUCCGGCAAUAUUUUAGUUGGGACAUUUCUUCCGGAUAUCCGAACCCUUCCAAUACCCUUUACUCCAAAAUGAGAGAUAAUUUUUUUAUAUUUUAUUAGUAAAUUGAAAAAAAGGGUGUAAUUGUUGUGUGUGGUCUUUUGGGGGAUAUUAAAAAUAGUAAAAAUAAUUGUGUGGUUGCUUUUGGGUUAAAAAAAAUAUUAAUUAAUUACUUAGUUAAUUAGAGAGUAAAGUGGUUGGUUGGUUGGUCUGUAUAUCCGGAGUUAAUGUUAAUAAAUAAAUCUUUUUUUAUAAAUAAAUUCUACUAUAAAUCCAAUCCCUUUUUUAUUUUUUUUUGAGUAAAUAAUAUAUUAAAUUAACGCCUUUAUUUUUCAAAAAAGGGGGGAAAGUGUGAAAAACUGAGAAAAUAUACGUAAUUUCAUUUAAAAAAUGCCAAUAUUACUGGCCAAGUCUCCUUGCGUGAAUAAUAAAAAAUAGAAAGAAAAGCUGUCAAAGCUUUCAAUCAAUGUUGUUUCUUACUUAAAAGGUGGACUAGCUAGUAGCUAUUAAAGCAGGGGGUGUGCCGUUUCGUCUUUCGCCGAAUUUCGUGUUUCGUCUUUUUUGUUUCGUCUUUCGAUUUUUAAAUUAUUUCGUCUUUUGUCCUACGCUUUUUAAAAUCUUGGAAAAGGCUAGUGUGUUAGGGAUAUAGACGUCACAUCCCCGAGAUUCUCAAGAAAACUUUUUAACAAAGAAAAAAGGUGGCACGUAAAGGUGAAUAGACAACAAAAAAUUUUUUAAAGGAAAAAAUUCCUUCUUUAAAAAUCUAUUUAAAUAAAAUUUUACCCUAUUAAGGCUAGUAACUCUCGGUCCUUCUUCUCAGUCCUUUUUAUUUUUUUUAAAGUUUGCCGACGCUAAUAGGCAGUUUCUUUUUCCCUCAGCUUCCCCCUUAGCUUUCAUCAUUUUCCCAUCUCAGCUUCCCCUCCACAGCUUCCCGUUGCCCGUUGCCAUCUCAAAAAAAAUAUUAUUUUUUCUCUAUUUUUUCUCUAUUUUCAUUAUUUUUCACUCAUUUCUGCCCCAAACACAAACACACAAAGUGGCUGCAAUUAUUUCCUGCAGAAAAGAAAAAAAAAGAAAAAUAUAUCCUCCCUUUAAAUAAAUAUUCUUUUUUUUGCCAGUCAAUCCUCCCCUCAUUUUGCCAGUCUUGUCUAAAAUUUUUUUUCUUUCUCCAUAUCCAAACAAUAUCCAUUUACUAUAUAAUUUAUUUUUUAAUGUAAAAAAGUCUUUUUUGGACAACAAUUUUUUAUUUUUAUUUUUUUCAAGUCUGGGACCAAAUGUCAUCCUUUGUAAUUAAAAUUUUUUUUAAGUUUUUUAAAAUUUUAAAAUUUUUUUUUUAUAAAAUCUCUUUGAAUGUUGGUACUAUGAAAAAUUAUUUUUAGUGUAGUUUUUGGAGAAUUUUUAUUUUUAUAUUUUAUAUUUUAAAGGCUGGGAUCAAUUGUCACCUUCCAAAUUUUUUUAAUUUUUAGUAUUUUUUUAAUUUCUAAAAUAUGCCUGUACCAUUCAAAAUUAUUUUUAAUUUAUUUUUUAAUUUUAGACUUUUUUAAAAUUAUUCUAAAUUAAUUUUAAAGUUUGGGAUCAAUUGUCAUCCUUUUAAAUUUUUUUUUAAUUUUUUCAUUUUCUAAAAUUUCCCAAAAAAUGCCCGUCUUCAAAAAACCAUCAACUAAAAAAGAAUCUGAAACAACAGCAGUGGACGAUUUUGGAGCAAAUCAAUCAGUCAAAGUAUUGGAUUCUCGUCUUUGUAUGGAUUGUUAUAGAGAUUUCUAUACAGUAAAGAAUUAUUGGAAAACAGUAGUAAGACGGUGGAAAGAAGCUUGUGGCCUUUUCAUGCAUAGAUAUUUAAAAAUGUGUCCAGAAGCAAAAUCAAAAUACCCAAAAUUGGCAUCAUUGGAUAUCACCUCUCCAGAAUGUUCAGACCCGGCAUUUGAAGGAAUGGCUUCAAACUAUUUAAAAGUUUUUGAUGAAGUUAUAACUUCAGUAGAACAAACGCCUGCAGAUGCUUCUAGUGCUUGUCAAAGGCUUAAUUCUGUUGGAAAAAUGCAUAGAAAUAAGGUGAAUGGAAUGAAGUUUGAUGAUUUUCAACAAUUGGAAGCGCCUUUUUUAUAUAACGAGAAAGCAGAAAUGUUGUUCAAAAAAUUCUUUCAAUUUUGCCUUCGUUUUAUUCUAGAAGGUUUCAAUUCAUGAAGAAAAACUCACUCCAAAGCAAAUAUUUUAUCUCUCAAAAAUUUCUCUGUUUUUUUCCUAUUAAAUUUUUUUGUACAAAAUAUUUUUUAUGUCUGUACUUAUGUAUAAAUAAUUUUGAA